GCAGGCGUACCCAGCAGCCGCAGCACAGAAUCUCGCUCGCUUCAGGCCCACAAAGCUUUGCCAUUUUUGAUUUUGAUUUAAUUGUUCGCCCAGACGCUCCCGGGCGCCGGACGGUGUGAUAGUGUGUCAUUGUGCCGAUUUGCUGCGUGUUUGCCAACAUAAAUAAAGUGAAAUGCAUCAGAAUCGAAUCGAAUAUUGAUUGUGUGUGUCGCCGCGUCCUCUAAACAAAGUGGCACGCGGUUUUUGGACCAGAAAGCCAGCAAAAUGCAUAAGCCACUGCAGGCACUGUGAGAAAGUGCGCUCAGACCAGGAAUCAGAAUAUAAAUACAUAUAUAUAGACGUAUACAAUGUACCUAUGCACGCUUUGAAGUUUCUUCCCCACAUGUCGUCGUCUCUACGUGCUUAAGUUGUGUGUUAAAAGCAACCACAAAUGUAUGCAUAGAUAUAAACCAAAGUAUAAUCAAAGAAUAACCCCAACGGAGAAGCAAGAAACAAAAGGAAACUGCGCGAAGGAAGCAAAGUCAACGAGCGCUUAACGUCUUCUUUUCAUUUGUUCGUCGCCGUUUUUUUUUGUUUGUUGUACAUGCAGUGUUAGAAAACUCCUGUGGCGACAUCGAAAAGAAACCGCGCUUAACUCCUCCACAAACACAACAACACAACGGCUACAACGACAGCAACAACAACACACAUACAGGCACAUACAGCGCGAGCGCGGCUCCUUGGCCUUCUUUCUGUUAGUGUGUGGUUGUUGUUGUUGCUUCUGCUGCUUGUGCCGCCGCCUCCGCUGCUUUAUCGACGCAAACUGUUCAACUGUCAUGGCCGGUAAUGGAGAGGCGUCCUGGUGCUUCUCACAGAUUAAGGGCGCCUUGGACGAUGAUGUCACAGAUGCGGAUAUCAUAUCCUGCGUAGAAUUCAAUCACGAUGGCGAGCUGCUGGCCACCGGCGACAAGGGCGGUCGCGUCGUCAUCUUUCAGCGUGAUCCUGCCUCGAAAGCCGCCAAUCCGCGACGCGGUGAAUACAAUGUCUAUUCGACAUUCCAAUCGCACGAGCCCGAAUUCGAUUACCUCAAGUCGCUGGAGAUCGAGGAGAAGAUCAACAAAAUCCGAUGGCUGCAACAGAAGAAUCCCGUGCACUUUCUGCUCUCCACCAACGACAAGACGGUCAAGUUGUGGAAGGUUAGCGAGCGCGACAAGUCCUUUGAGGGCUACAACACGAAAGAGGAGAACGGUCUGAUCAGGGAUCCCCAAAAUGUAACCGCCUUACGAGUUCCUUCUGUGAAGCAGAUACCGCUAAUGGUGGAGGCAUCGCCGCGACGCACCUUCGCCAAUGCACACACCUAUCACAUAAAUUCAAUUAGCGUUAAUUCCGAUCAAGAGACUUUCCUGUCCGCCGACGAUUUGCGCAUCAAUCUCUGGCAUUUGGAGGUGGUCAAUCAGAGCUACAACAUUGUCGACAUCAAGCCAACCAACAUGGAGGAGCUCACGGAGGUGAUAACGGCAGCUGAAUUCCAUCCGACCGAGUGCAAUGUGUUCGUCUAUUCGAGCUCCAAGGGCACAAUACGUUUAUGUGAUAUGCGUUCGGCGGCGUUAUGCGACCGGCACAGCAAACAGUUCGAGGAGCCCGAGAAUCCAACGAAUCGUAGCUUCUUCAGCGAGAUAAUCAGCUCCAUCAGCGAUGUUAAGCUGAGCAAUUCUGGUCGCUAUAUGAUCUCCAGGGAUUAUCUGAGCAUCAAGGUGUGGGAUUUGCAUAUGGAAACGAAGCCGAUUGAGACCUAUCCGGUUCACGAAUACCUGCGCGCUAAACUGUGCUCGCUGUAUGAGAACGAUUGCAUUUUCGAUAAGUUCGAGUGCUGUUGGAACGGCAAGGAUAGCUCGAUCAUGACUGGCAGCUAUAAUAACUUUUUCCGUGUCUUUGAUCGCAACUCGAAAAAGGAUGUCACGCUGGAGGCGUCCAGGGACAUUAUUAAGCCCAAGACGGUGCUCAAGCCGCGUAAAGUUUGCACUGGCGGCAAACGGAAGAAGGACGAGAUCAGCGUGGACUGUCUCGACUUUAACAAGAAAAUUCUGCACACCGCCUGGCAUCCCGAAGAGAAUAUCAUUGCUGUGGCCGCCACCAACAAUCUAUUCAUAUUUCAGGAUAAAUUUUAGCCAACACUCUAUAAACCAGUUUACACCAGAAUCACACACCCACAACAACAGCAACAACAACAACAACAAAAACAAACACGCCUGAGCCUCAGCCACAGCAGCCACAGCAGGAUCCAUUGCCCUGGCAGCAGUCGCCUCAUUUUAAUUCUAAUGUUAAUUCGAUUGUUUUCCCCUUUCAAUUCAAAUGAUUUGUUGUUUGUUAAAUUACACCUCUCUCAGGCCACCCCCCCCCCAUCCUCCAUCCAUACCUGUGUCCAAAAAAAACUUAAAAACAACAAAAAUAAUGCCAUAGCAAAUGAUUUGUAAAAUGUUUGCGCAUUGUUCAGGCGCCCCGCGAGUAAUGUGGAACAAGAAGAAACUUAAGAGAAAUGAUGAAGUGAGAGAGAGCGAGAGAAGGAAGAAGAAAGGAAACGGAAACAAAUUUUUUAUACAUAACAUUUAUAAAUAAAUAGCGUAAAGUUGAUUUCUUGUAGCGCAAUUCAAAAGGCAACAACAAGAGGUCCCAAUGCCGUUUCAUGAUUACUGAUAAAAGAUAACAGAACAGAUGAUUUUCCCGAAAAUUAUGUAUAAUUAGAAGCCAGCGCCCAAGUAUUUGUAAUAAAAAUUAUUAAUAAUAAUAUACAACAAAAA